AUGACGCCGGGUUACAUCAACGAGCAGCUUGCCUUCACGUUGUUCUGCUGCAACUCCGCCAUCAGCGCCUGCGGACGCGCCGGGCUCUGGCAACUGGCCCUCGCGCACCUGGCCGCGGUGCCGGACUUGGCAUUGCUGCCGACAGACAUGAACUACAAUGCCGCCAUCACGGCAUGCGAACGAGGGAGCCAGUGGGAGCGAGCCCUGGCACUUCUGGGCGCCAUGCCCACCGCGGCCCUGCAGCCGACGGCCUUCAGCUUCAGUUCCAUCAUCGUGGCUUGCGAGGGCGCGAGCCAGUGGGAGGCUUCCCUGAACUUCCUGGAGCUGAUGGAGAGUCACAUGCUCCCUCCCGACAUGGUGAGCUGGACGGCAGCCAUGGGCGCCUGCGUCAAGGCGGCGAAGUGGGAGGAUUCCCUGGCCUUGCUGGCGCAGAUGACUCGGCGGAAGAUUCCGGUGGACCGGUACUGCUUCAACGCGUUGGCGAGCGCCUGCGAGAAAGCUGACCGGUGGGACGUGGCGCUUUCGGUGCUGGCGAUGAUGAGGGCCAGGCGGCUGCCCCCAGAGAUCGUCACUUACAAUGCGGCGCUUGCCAGCUGCAAGAGGAGCGGGCGUUGGGAGGUGGCCCUGUUGCUGAUGGAGCAGGCGAAGGCAACGUCGAACGCCCUGGACGCCAUCAGCUUCAACUGCCUCAUCGGCACCUGUCACCUGGGCAGCCAGUGGCAGCUCUCCCUCCACUUUCUGCACGCCAUGCCCGUGGCUGCCGUGGAGCCGGAUCGGUCAAGCUACACCGAAGCUGCGGGCGCGUGCGAGAAGUCCUCGCAGUGGCGAGACGCCCUUGAGGUUUUGGCUUCGGCGCUCUCGCAGCAGCUGGUGCCCGAUGGCACCUGCCUGGGCGCCGUGGCUGGUGCACUGCGCAGCGCGAGGGGGGAGGACGCAGCUUUCGAGCUCCUCGAGCAGUUGCGCGGCCGGUGGCGCCAGCAUGGCGAGCCCGACGUCCUGGGCGAAGGCAUCACCGUGCUCGCCCGUCAGCCCGGGGUGCUGGCGAUUUCGAAGCCGGAGGGCAUCAGCACCGAGGAGCUGUUGGAGAGGCUCUUUGGCAGACAAUGGAUCGACGUGGCGCAGACGGUGUCGAGGCUGGACUACCCCACCUCCGGCGUGCUGCCCGUUGCCUUGGGCCCGGAGGGCUCCGCGGCGUGCAGCUGGCUGCAGGCCCAGUUCGCGGCGAAGCUCGUGAAGAAGGAGUACCUGUGCCUUGCUGAAGGGCCCUACCUGGGCGAGGUGGGCGACGAGGGCGCCAUCACCAAGCCGCUGCGGACCGUGGGCGUUGGCUCUGUGAGGACGGAGGUGUCUCCCUCGGGGCGUUAUGCUCGCACAGGUUUCCGGAUCCUCCGACGCUUCACCGGCACUGGCGAUCGGGAGCCAAAGAUGCUCCUGGCGAUGCCUGAAACUGGUCGCACACAUCAGAUCCGGGUGCACUUGGCCAGCAUCGACCAGCCGCUCGUCGGCGACCAGACGUAUGGAUCCAAAAGCUCGGAGCUCUCCAGCCGUUGCCCACGGCUCUUCCUGCACUGCCACAGGAUCCGCCUCCGCGACCUCGCGGGCCAGGCUCUGACGGCCGAGGCGCCGCUGCCGCCGGAGCUGCAGGAGCUCCUGAGCGGCCUCCAGGGCUUCAUGUAG